UAUACUGUAUUUUGAUAUAUAUCGACAACCCUGUUCGAACAAAAGUUAGAAAAGACAAAAGUGCAGCCGAGUUUUUAGUAGUUGCCGACGAAACCCUAAAAGUAUUAACAAUUCCACAUUCGCCAGCUGUCCACGCCACACACACACAUACCACACAUCACCCAACUGCACAGGCUCCACACAGCUCAUCCAACGGCUCCGCAGUUCCACAGCUCAAUAGCUCCUCUCCACUAGCACUCUCCACCAAUUGCCACCAUGUCAUCCCGCAAGACCGCCGGACGCCGUGCCACCACCAAGAAGCGUGCCCAGCGCGCCACCUCCAAUGUGUUCGCCAUGUUCGACCAGGCGCAGAUCGCCGAGUUCAAGGAGGCCUUCAAUAUGAUCGACCAGAACCGAGAUGGUUUCGUUGAGAAGGAGGAUCUGCACGACAUGCUGGCCUCGCUGGGCAAGAACCCCACCGAUGACUACCUCGAUGGAAUGAUGAACGAGGCACCGGGCCCCAUCAACUUCACCAUGUUCCUGACGCUCUUCGGCGAGCGUCUGCAGGGCACCGAUCCCGAGGAUGUGAUCAAGAAUGCCUUUGGUUGCUUUGACGAGGAGAACAUGGGCGUGCUGCCCGAGGAUCGGUUAAGGGAGCUCCUGACCACCAUGGGUGAUCGAUUCACAGACGAGGAUGUGGACGAGAUGUACCGUGAGGCGCCCAUCAAGAACGGCCUCUUCGACUAUCUAGAGUUCACGCGCAUCCUCAAGCACGGCGCCAAGGACAAGGAUGAGCAGUAAAUUCCACCGUUCAUCCAGCCAGCAGCAGCUGUUGCCUUUCAAAACCAGCCGCCGCCGCGCCGCCUGUCUUAUCAAUCCAUCAUGAGUUUUUUUGUUUUUGAUAAUUUAAUAUGUAUUUUUUUUUACUCGGCCACCGUGCGCCUAUUCUCUAUCCUUUGAUUCCUGUACUUACCUGUGCAUUUAAAUUAAAACAGAAUGUAGUGAACACAAGCUAAUGUUAUGUACGAUAUUAUGUGGUGUGUGUGGAGGAGCGCCGCCUGAUAACACGAUUUCCCGAACCCCUUUCAUAAGUAUUAACUCAUUGAAUAUACAUAUAUAUAUUACCUAUAUACAAAUACAUACUUAUACAAGAAUGUGGCAAUAAAAGUUCGUUUUUCUUA